AUGGAAUGGGACAAUAGCACAGAUGAAGUCUUCUUUGGCAACACCACUGAGAGUCCUAAGGAUCUUUCCAGUGCAGCAUGGGAUGAGACCACUCUUCUGAGCCUGCAGAUCUCCCUCUCAGCCGUGUUGGCUGUGGUCACCUUAGCCACGGUGCUGUCCAAUGCUUUUGUGAUUGCCACUAUCUUCUUGACCCGCAAGCUUCACACACCGGCCAACUUUCUCAUUGGUUCGUUGGCAGUGACUGACUUGCUGGUGUCCAUUUUGGUAAUGCCCAUUAGCAUUGUUUAUACCGUCAGCAAGACCUGGACACUAGGUCAGAUUGUAUGUGACAUCUGGCUCUCGUCUGACAUUACCUGCUGUACGGCCUCCAUAUUGCACCUGUGUGUGAUCGCACUUGACCGUUAUUGGGCCAUCACAGAUGCACUGGAGUACUCAAAGAGGCGAACCAUGGGUCGAGCAGGGCUGAUGAUCGGAGUGGUGUGGGUCAUCUCAAUCUCGAUCUCGAUGCCGCCCCUUUUCUGGAGACAAGCUAAGAACCAGGAGCUUACAGAGUGUUUGGUCAACACCGACCAGAUCUCCUACACGCUUUACUCCACCUUUGGUGCAUUUUAUGUUCCAACGAUACUCCUCAUCAUCCUCUAUGGGCGAAUCUACUUAGCGGCCCGCUCCAGAAUCUUCAAAAUGCCAACCUCGAGUGGCAAACGCUUUACCACUGCCCAGCUUAUCCAGACCUCAGCGGGCUCCUCUCUCUGCUCCAUCAACUCUGCCUCAAACCAAGAUGGACAGCUUCAUCCAACAGGAGGUGGAACAGGGGGUGGUGGAGGAGGCUCUCCACUCUUCAUGAACAACGUGAAGGUAAAGCUUGCCGACAGCGUUCUGGAGAGGAAACGUCUAUGUGCAGCGCGCGAGAGAAAGGCCACAAAAACGCUGGGCAUUAUUCUGGGUGCGUUUAUUGUGUGCUGGCUGCCCUUCUUUGUUGUUACUCUCGUGAUGGGCAUCUGUAAGGACUGCUGGUUCCACUCUGUGCUCUUUGAUGUUUUCACCUGGCUGGGUUACCUGAACUCACUUAUCAAUCCUAUUAUCUACACAGUGUUCAACGAUGAGUUCAAGCAGGCUUUCCACAAACUGAUCAAGUUCAAGAGGUGUUAUUAA